AUGAGUGGGACAAUGCGUUUCUCGAUGGACGCGAUUCUGUGCGGCGACGAGCGUUGCUCGAAGGCAGACAGUGCGUUGACAAAGUCCAGAAAACGACAUCAUGAUAACGAUGAUAACUGCCCACUGAAGACACGAAUCAUUGAGCAUUGUUGGCAUAAAUGUAAGGACAAUGAAACACCAACUGUAAAUAUACUAGCCACAUCAACCUCAACAACGCUGUCAUUAAGCGCUAGUUGUUCACCACCAAGUUAUGUUGAGAAUGAACUCGAAAACGACGAUGAUGUGGUGAAAUGUCCAGAGGAAGCACGCCUGACUGUCACACAAUCACAAUUAGAUGCCAUCGAUAUGAGCGCAUCAUCUGAACAACCGACAUGUAGUAGUAGUGGCUCGAAUAUUGCUGCUGAUGAACGGCCAUAUGCCACAACAACAAGCCAUUCCUCCUAUUCACCAUCACAUCAUCAUCUGCUCGGCAUUUACAAUAAUUCAAAAGAGAGUAGUGCUUCGCCGACGAGUCAGUCACGAGAGAGGAGUCCACGUUCGAAUUCAAAUUUGGAAUCCUACAGCGAGCAGCAAGAAUUUAGUUCUGAUGAAGAAGGUCCGAGCGGUGAAGGUUCAAGGUCGAAUUCGGAACGCAACAAUCGAUCCAAGUCAAGUGCAGCAAAGCCAGCCUACUCAUACAUUGCAUUGAUUGCAAUGGCCAUCUUAAAUAGUCCCGAGAAGAAAUUAACGCUAUCUCAAAUUUGCGAUUUCAUUAUCAAUCGUUUUCAGUAUUAUCGCGAUAAGUUCCCAGCAUGGCAGAACUCAAUAAGACAUAAUCUGAGCCUAAAUGACUGCUUCGUGAAAAUACCACGUGAACCGGGAAAUCCGGGUAAAGGUAACUAUUGGGCUCUUGAUCCGAAGGCAGAGGAUAUGUUCGACAACGGAUCUUUUCUCAGAAGGCGGAAGAGGUUCAAGCGACAUCCGAGUACAAACGAUUUCCAAACUUUACCCUUCAACGCUGCAGCACCACCGUUUAUUCCCGCAUCACCUUUUAUGCAUUUUAUGGCGCCGAUGCCACGACUUGCUGCGUUGAGGAAUGCACCGGUACCGUAUCCAGCAUCUGCAGUUACAACAGCAGCAGCACGAUUACCUGAAGGCUUUCCACCUCGGAUCGGUACACCGCGUGCUGCGGUUAUUCAAGCAACCGUAGCAGCACCACCAUUCGCGUUCGUAAGCACUGGUAUGCCAGCGAACGUUGACCAUCAGAAACUGUUGGCUGCAAUGGCCGCUCGUGUCACAUCGUCGAUUAACAAUGAAUCACCAACCAAAUGA